AAAUGCUUUUAAGUGCUCAUAGUGAGCCCCGGAAACUACAACUACCAAAGGGCCACGGGUUCUUGGGCGGUUUCUCGUUUCCGUCGAGUUAAACGUCGGGGGCUGCUUCUGAGGGAUCAACUUGACUGGACAUCAAGUUCAGCACCGCCCAAGUCAUUGGAUUCACCUGUGAUGAAAUGGGGGUCAACCAGUCCGUGGGGUUUCCACCUGUCACAGGACCCCACCUCGUAGGCUGCGGGGAUGUGAUGGAGGGUCAGAGUCUCCAGGGGAGCUUCUUUCGACUCUUCUACCCCUGCCAAGAGGCAGAGGAGACCACGGAGCAGCCCCUGUGGAUUCCCCGCUAUGAGUACUGCACCGGCCUGGCCAACUACCUGCAGUUUAAUAAGCGCUGGGGGGGGCUGCUGUUCAGCAUGGCUGUGGGAUCUUGUCGCCUGCCUGUUAGCUGGAAUGGCCCAUUUAAGACAAAGGACUCUGGAUACCCCUUGAUCAUCUUCUCCCAUGGCCUGGGAGCCUUCAGGACAUUGUAUUCAGCCUUCUGCAUGGAGCUGGCCUCCCAUGGCUUUGUGGUUGCUGUGCUGGAGCACAGGGACCGGUCAGCUGCAACCACCUAUUUCUGCAAGCAGGCCCCAGAGGAGAACCAGCCCACCAACCAGUUGCUGGAUGAGGAAUGGAUUCCUUACCGUCGAGUUGAGGAAGGGGAGAAGGAAUUCCAUGUUCGGAAUCCCCAGGUGCAUCAGCGGGUAAGCGAGUGCGUGCGGGUGUUGAGAAUCCUGCAAAAGGCCGCUGCUGGGCAGACUGUCCUCAACAUCUUGCCUGGUGGGUUGGAUCUGAUGACCUUGAAGGGCAGCAUCGACAUGAGCCGCGUGGCUGUGAUGGGACAUUCAUUUGGGGGGGCCACAGCUAUUCUGGCUUUGGCCAAGGAGACCCAAUUUCGGUGUGCUGUGGCUCUCGAUGCUUGGAUGUUUCCUCUGGAACGUGACUUUUACCCCAAUGCCCGAGGACCUGUGUUCUUUAUCAAUGCUGAGAAAUUCCAGACAGUGGAGAGUGUCAAUUUGAUGAAGAAGAUAUGUGCCCAGCAUGAACAGUCCAGGAUCAUAACUGUCCUUGGUUCUGUUCAUCGGAGUCAAACUGACUUUGCUUUUGUGACUGGCAACUUGAUCGGUAAAUUCUUCUCCAGUCAGAACCGUGGGAGCCUGGACCCCUACAAAGGGCAGGAGGUUGUGGUGCAGGCCAUGCUGGCCUUCCUGCAGAAGCACCUCGACCUACAAGAGAACUAUGAUCAAUGGAACAAUCUCAUUGAAGGCAUUGGACCAUCACUCACACCAGGGGCCCCACACCAUCUGUCCAGCCUGUAGGCACAGCUGGGCAUUUGCAAAAGGUCACUUGAGCUGAGUUUCCAUCUGGGGACUGCCCAGGGGCACCCCAAACCUGCUAUCAGGGCGCGGUCAACAUGAUACUUUUUCACAGAUUAAGAGGAUAUAAUCACACUGCUGAUUGGAUAACUGGGUACUUUGAUCUUGGACUUGUUGAUCUUAAACUAGGAUCACUUAGAACUAGGAUCACUUACUGAUUGGUGAACUGACUUUCUGGGACUUGAGCCUGAGGGUAUGGGGAACUAGCAGUGGGGUGGAGCCAGCCCUGUGAAGCCUGCAUGUUGAGACCAGCAUUGAGCGUUGCCUCUUUCGUGGAAGAGAUGGAGGCAGAGGACGGAGCGAAAAUCCCAGCCUUCAGGGACUUUAGCCCGCCUGGCACUGUCUCUCCCUACCUCUCCACCUUCUGCCUCCCCAGGGCCCCUUGGGGAAGUGUGAGCACUUUAGGUGGCUCUCCAGGAUGUGGACCAUUAUCAGAUUUUCUAUUUAUUUUCAGGUCUUCUAAUCACAUGAAACACAGUGCCAUUUAGUGAGUACUAAGUUGUGAGCCCACAGGGGGCAGACAGCAUGUUUCGCAGCACAGAGAGAGAAGCUGGGGUACAGAGGGGUACCUCAGACGCUCUGGAUGUCUUUGGGGCUUUGCUAAAAAUGUAUCUUGACAGGAAACAACACAAGUAGGUUAAGGUGGGGAAGACAGAAUAACAGUGUCAAACAGCCUUGUGUACAGGCCCUUGCCACAAGAGGGAGGUAGUUUGGUCAGCUAAAACCCAGGAGGCCGCCCCUAGAGAGGUCUAGGAACACCUUGGUCUUGCCUCUUACCUCAGAUACUAGGAACCUCCAACUUGCUCAGAAUCAGGGUGUUUUAGUUGUUUUCUGACUCUGAGGCCCUCAUCCCAAAUUUAAGUCAGGAUACAGACCAGAUUUCCAUUCUGUUGCAUUUAUAAUAUGAAUGCUAUUAAUAUUUACAUUUGCCUGAUGUUAUGUUGGAAUAUUCUGUCUAUUAAAUCUGCAUUAGAACAAGCUGGGGAGCCAUCUGGAAGUGACUUUUCCUUCUGUCUUUCAAUGUUCAUGUACCACUUGGGCCCAUGUGGACAAAAAGUUGGAAAGGAAAGGAAGUCUUCCAAGGGAUCUAGUUCAAAGCUGUUUGGGAACAUUAUCCUGAAACUCCCCUCCUCGUUACUCAAGACUUCUCACCUCAGUCCAAGUAGGGGACCCCAGAGAAGGCAAGAGCAAAAGGGAAAUGCAUCUGUACACCACAGGUCCAAGAUCAGGGCCACCAAAGCAGGCUGGGACUGGAUCUCCACCUCCCAACAGCUGGUCUUUCUAAGAGGUCAAACACCAGAUCCAACUGAGGCUGUGGACUGCGGGAGGAUCUAUGAAUUGCAUGAUAUGGAGCAUAAGAAAGAUACCAUUAAAGCCCUGAACUCUAGAGUUAUGUAGCCUGAUUUUCAGUCCUGGCUCCACUACUGCCAACUGGGUAAAUUUGAGCAAAUUGUAUUCUCUUUUUAAUCUCAGUUCCUGCAU